GUAUUUAUUUCAUGUACUUGCAGAGUUUUGUAUGAACCGUCAGACUAUACUUCUCCUCCGUGUCAUUGCCGGCUUCUGCUUCCUGGGCAUCGCCUGCAGUAUGACGGCCUUCUUGCUUGAUGUUUUUGGGCCCAAACACCCAGCUCUGAAAAUCACACGUCGCUAUGCCUUCGCUCACAUUCUUACAGUUUUACAAUGUGCUACAGUGAUUGGCUUCUGCUACUGGGCCUCGGAACUUAUACUCGCCCUUCAGCAGCAGCACAAGCAGUACCACGGCUCCCAAGUCUACGUCACUUUUGCCGUUAGUUUCUACCUGGUGGCUGGAGCCGGAGGAGCAUCCAUCUUGGCCACUGCGGCAAACCUGCUGCGCCACUACCCUACAGAAGAGGAAGAGCAGGCUCUGGAGCUGCUGUCGGAGAUGGAAACUGACUCUUACCCUGCAGAGUAUGAUGUCAUGAAUCCUUUCCAGCCUCCACCAGCCUACACGCCCUAAUGGGGCUCUAAGGAAGAGAGCCAGGAUAUUAUCCAUUAGUCUAUCUCCAUAUAUUCGGAGAGAGAGAGCACCUACUGCCUAAAUCAGGAAGAGGACAUUUCAGCCAAAUUGCUGUAAAUAUGCAGACCGGCAGUUUGUUCAUCUUCCCUCGCAGGCAGGUCAUCAGCGCUGAUUUCACAUUUGGCUUCCCCUGCCCUCUGUUAGUUAUAUAAUGUUCGUUUUUUGGGAUCGUUCACAAUUCCCAUAAUGCUUUCCUCAUUUAGUAUGGCUUUUCUCCCUUCCGCUUGUCCGGAUACACCCUCUAGUCUAUAAAAGGAAACUCGUAAUUUUUUUUUAUACCUUCUUCAGAAAAGCCAGGCCUGUUUCUGAAAGCGACAAGGUCAUCCUGCAAUUUGCUUACAAUUGUAAGCUUUUUAUUUCCAAUCAAAUCCUGAGACACAUUUUUCCUAACGGAUGCUUAGGGAAAAGGAAGAGACUAGGAAUUGGGGCAAGGUAGGACAAAGGCUGUGAGAAGAGUUAAGCCGCCUCGCUCGGAUGUUGACGGGUCCGACAUCUUAAAGUAGCCCUAUCGUCCAUACAGAGUGCCGGCAGCCAUUUUUGUUUUUUUAUUUAAAACAAUCAUCCGUUUCCCUGUGAACCGAUGGCAUCUCUGUAUCUUGUACCUCAGUGGUGUUCCUUGCAAUUUGAUAUGCUGCAUUUACUGAAGUAUCAGUCCAGCCCCUAACAUGGCUGCCUCCACAGGGUAUGGCUGACAGGCAUGCUGUUGAUAAGGGAGAAUGUAUUUAGGCUGAGACAGGCCCGUUCGUCUGCCGUUCGUUUGGGUUGCAAUAUUUUGGUGUGAUUGGU